AUGACUCUCCCUUCCCACUGAUUUGCAUAUCUUAUAUUGCCUAAUGGAGGAGAUCAUGGCAAGGUAGAGGUCUGCCGAGCCCUCUCAAAGGAGAUUCACCAGGGCACGGAGGAGGAGCAGGUGUCUGGGGCUCACGGGGGGAACCCAAGACUUUGGGGUGUUUUUUAACCUACCUUCCCUCCCCCCCACCCCACCCCACCCCCCUCCCCUUCUCUCUCUCUCUCCCCUCCUGGUAAAAUGGUGUCCAAGCUCAGCUCUCUGCAGCAGGAACUUCUGAGCGCUCUCCUCAGCUCCGGUGUCACCAAGGAGGUGUUGAUCCAAGCCCUGGAGGACAUGGUGCCCACCACCAGCUUCGGGGUGAAGCUGGAGAACCUGCCCCUGUCCCCAGGCAGCGGGACGGAGGCGGACAGCAAGCCCGUCUUCCACACCCUCACCAACGGCCACAACAAGGGCAAGCUGUCCGGGGACGAGGGCUCCGAGGACGGGGACGACUUCGACACCCCGCAGAUCCUCCGGGAGCUGCAGGCGCUCAACACGGAGGAGGCCGUGGAGCAAAGAGCGGAGGUGGAUCGGAUGAUCAGCGAGGACCCCUGGCGGGCUGCAAAAAUGAUCAAAGGUUACAUGCAGCAGCACAACAUCCCCCAGAGGGAGGUGGUGGAUGUCACAGGCCUGAAUCAGUCUCACCUCUCCCAGCACCUCAACAAGGGAACACCCAUGAAAACGCAGAAGCGGGCAGCACUCUACACGUGGUACGUCCGGAAGCAGAGGGAGAUUCUCAGACAAUUCAACCAGACAGUCCAGGGUUCUGGAAAUAUGACAGACAAAAGCAGUCAAGAUCAGCUGCUGUUUCUCUUUCCAGAGUUCAAUCAGCAGAACCAGGGCACGGGCCAGCUCGAGGACACCUGCUCUGAAACCCCCAGCAAGAAGAUGCGACGGAAUCGAUUCAAAUGGGGGCCUGCCUCGCAACAAAUCUUGUACCAAGCCUAUGACCGGCAAAAGAACCCUAGCAAGGAGGAAAGGGAAGCCUUAGUGGAGGAAUGUAACAGGGCGGAAUGUCUCCAGCGAGGAGUGUCCCCCUCCAAAGCGCAUGGGCUGGGCUCCAACCUGGUGACGGAAGUUCGUGUCUACAACUGGUUCGCGAACCGACGGAAAGAGGAGGCUUUCCGCCAGAAGCUGGCCAUGGACGCCUACAGCACAGGCCAGCCGCACAGCAUGAACCUCCUGCUGUCCCACAACUCGCCCCAUCACACCCAGCCUAGCUCUUCGCCCCCCAGCAAAAUGGCAGGAGUCCGAUACAGCCAGCAGGGGAACAAUGAGGUCACUUCCUCUUCUACAAUCAGUCACCACGGCAACAACACCAUGGUGACCACCAGCCAGUCCGUCCUACAGCAGGUUUCUCCAGCAGGGUUGGACCCAGGCCACAAUUUACUCUCGCCUGAUGGUAAAAUGAUCUCUGUUUCGGGAGGUGGGCUGCCCCCUGUAAGUACCCUGACCAAUAUCCACAGCUUGCCCCAUCACAACCCACAACAAUCUCAGAACCUCAUCAUGACACCGCUCUCUGGCGUCAUGGCAAUCGCGCAAAGUCUAAAUACUUCCCAGGCGCAGAGCGUCCCUGUUAUCAACAGUGUUGCCGGAAGUCUGGCAGCUUUACAACCAGUCCAGUUUUCCCAGCAGCUACACAGUCCUCAUCAACAGCCUCUCAUGCAACAGUCGCCCAGCCAUAUGACACAGCAGCCUUUUAUGGCCACAGUGACUCAGCUGCAGAAUUCACACAGUAAGGAUCUUGUCAGUGUAUGCACACAAGCAGGAGCCUCCCCAGUAUUCCCACACUUCCCGGUUUCCAUCAGCCAUGGUGGUCACAGAUACCAGCAGCAUCAGUACAUUAACCAAUAUGUCUUCCAAUAAACAGUGUCCCCUGCAAGCCUGGUGAUGUUCCACACCUCACUUAUUCUGCACCUAGCAACGGGAACUUAUUUUCCACAACAUCACGCCGGUAACCAACGAAGUCCGAGGGGUGUUGCCAUAGUGAAGCUCAGCCGGCUUGUCUAGUGCUAUAGCGAGACGCCCAUUAACCUGAAAAAGAGCUAGCGCUUCAAGACUUAAUAGCCACCCUUCUGUGACUUGACAGGACCGAAGUGCCUACUCCCAGAGACUGUGCUUUUCCAUUUCCUUCACGCAGUAUUUCCAAGAGAUGUCUUGAGGAUUUUAAGUAUUUGCCUUUGAGAGGGCAUUGGCUCUCAUGAGAAAAUUAAGAACAAAAUGUACAGAUGGCAGAAGAGGAAGACGAAGAUCAAACAUAUUUAAGUUAUAUUCCUUCACCAAACAGACUGAUGAGACUUGGAGCUGUUACUUGGAGUUUGGAAGAAGGAAUCGCAUGUUCUGUUGAACUGAGCCAAUUAAACUGUAAAUAUAGAUAAACUUCUCUCCUCUCCGAUCCUUCCAUCUCCAUCUAUAAAUAGAGAGUUAUAUUAAAGAAGUAAAUUUUGUCCAAUGGAUGUAAACUACUGUAAUUAAGUGCAAUUUCCCCACCUGUAUAUAUUGCCAAAAUUUUUCUUAUUUCUCUUUUUGUAAAGGUCAGAACUGAAGGUUUUUCUUUUUUUUCUUUCUUUAAAUGAACAAAAUCAUGAGGAAACACCUGGGCCUAGUCAAUGAUGAUAGUCAACCAGUGUUUGUGAGGACAGACAUAAGCUCAUCCUUUGUACAGCUGCUACUAAAGGCUGACAAAUUGUGGUUUGGUCAAUAGUCCAGACAAAUAUGAACCCAAAUUUAGUGAAGGACCAGGAAUGAAAUACAUAACCCAAUGGCUGGCUACCCAGUGACCAUGAAAUGCACCAUCCAUCUGGUGGCUACUGCCAAUAUGCAGAGCUCAAAAAUGUAUGAUAUUCCCUGACAUGUAGGCAUUCUGAGUGAAAAUGUUUAGGGGCAAGGGAAGAGGGAAUUAAAACAUGUGGACUGCUUUGGGAGUUCUCAGCUUACAGGUGUGGGUAGUUUUCAAGGAAGCCUGUAGCAUUUGCUGCUAUGUACCUGAAUGGGCUGGUAACCACACUUUUUAGUGGGAACUUUCUACACGUCCAAAGGGGUUUGGAGAAAUCCUGAUCUUCUUUGGAGCAGGGGGGAAAAGUGAGAAGUGAAAUCCCACUAUCACCUCAGGAAGUGAGAAGGGAUUUGGUGUCUAAUAUCACCUGGUCUCCUGCUCAAUAAAAACUGUUAAUAUAAGCCAGUUAUCUUACAUUGUACAUAAUUGUAGGGCAAGCCUUAUUAACUUUCCCUUUCCAAUUAACAAGCCAAGGGCAUAGUUCUGAUGCCACUUCCUAGCCUGUUGCUGGGUUUCCCUCCUCUGCAACUGGAUAAAAUAUCUGUAGUGCCAGGAGUGUGAGUGUUUCAUGCUGACAGCCAGAUAUGUUGCCAUUAAGGGCCUCAUUGUCAUACCAUGACUCAGACUGAGUAGUGUCUUGCUCACCAAGUAAUGCCUUUGAAUUCAGUAGGACUAUGCAUAGUGAGAGGUACUACUUAGUCCAAUAUGGAUAAAGGUAUCACAAUCUGGCCCUAAACCAGAAAUGUACAUGCUGGAAAAUGACCAUAAAGGGGCUGUGAUGGCUUUGAGGGCAUAUCUCCAUUGCCUCCCAUUGAUGCACUGGCAGGUGCUGUAUUGGCCUGUUCUUUACUCGUUGGCUGUAGAGGUAUUUGAGACAGAAAGUUCCUGGAAAAGGGUAGAAUUAUUAAGCAAAAGGCCCAUUUGGGAGGGGUGCGUGGCUAACAAUUUUUUAUCUCUUCCCAUUCCAAAUUCAUUUCAACAGAAGACUGGGGUCUAAUCCUGCUUCUUUGAAAUCAAUAACAAAACUUUCCUUAACAUCGGAGGGACCAGAAUUAAGGCCUUUGGCAAGGAGACCAGAUGAUCUACUAGUAGCCAGCAGGGGAGCGCACAAAUAACAAAUUCUUCUGGGUCCUCCUCACUCCAAGUUUGGGGAUACUGGAACUUUUCUCCAUCCUGCUAACCACUCUAGAACGUAAAUCAGACAACUAGUAUCUCCCCAGCUUGUAACUACUAUAGGAAAAAAGGGAUACUGGGCCAGACCCUCAGCUGAUUAUAAAUCGUCGUAGUUCUAUUGAAGUCAAUGGAGCUACACUGAUUUACACUAGCUAAGGAUCUGGUGUAAAAUUUUCAAAAGUGCCUAAAUCCCAUUUUCAAAGGGACUUAGGAACCUGCAUCUUGUUUACUUGAGGUGAGUCUUAGGCUCCUAAAUGCCUAAGUCACUUGAAAAUGGGACAGGCGCCUGAAUCACUUAGACACUUCUGAAAUUUUUUUUAGCUGGUGCCUUAAUUUCAGACUCCAUGAGCAAUUAAAAAGGGUAAACCUCAUUAGAGUCUUCCUGUGAACAGAAUGAUCAAUACUAAAUAUAAAAGCAGCAGAUUCUCUUUUUGGGGCAGGGACCAUCUUUUACUUUUGUGUUUGUACAAUGCCUAGCACAAUGGGGUCCCAAUCCUCAUUGGGAUUAGUAGGAAUUACUGGACGACAAGUAAUAAAUCAUUAUGAACUGGAAAGCAAUCUUUGGAAUGAAAUUUAUUUUGAUGUAUACUAUAAUUAAAUACCAUUUCUUCUG